UACUUUGAAUACUCGUGUUUCGACGAUAUCACUCAGCAGACCUGCUCGCAGCCGCGCGCCCUGCUUCUGCAAGCUCUCUGUGCGUAUCUGAGCCGGGUUUAGACGCGCAUGUUGUCACAGGCAAUGCGCUGCUGCAGGAGCGCUUUGUGGCGCCAUCGUUUGGUAAAGCGAUCCUGUCGCCGACCAGUGUGACUGACAAUGGGUUGCAGCAGGUGCCACCGGUGAGCUAUGGCUUUGCGAUGACGCUUGUGGCCCUGGCAGACGACGCCUACCGGCUGGCCAAAGCGUCUGCCAGCGAGAAGAGCGACGAAAUGAUUAGCGAGAUAAUCACCAACGAGGUAGAGGCCAGCAUGGCAAAGUCACUAGAUCAGCUGCUCCCUGUCAAUCCGCCCGGCGGCUCUUCUUCACGCAGCCAUUACAAUUCGGUUAUUGCGAUUGUCGUAUAUUUGUCUCGGCUGCAGCGCGGCAUUCAUUGGGAAGAUUCAGUCGGCAGCAGUUCUAUCCGGGCGCUCCUGGUGAUGACCAUGCGGCGGAUUGCUGUGCGCACGGCAGACGUCAGGCUGGAGGAUUCAAAUACAGCGCGCCUGCUGGUCUGGGAGCUCCUGGGUAUUUGCUGCAGCAUUCCGCCAGAGGCUCGGGUGAUAGUUGCCAGCAUAAUGUGCAGUUGUUGUGCUGCUGCUACUGCUGUUGCUGAGGGACAGGGACUCUGGGCGUAUACGUACACCAUUGUGGCUGCACUUAUCCAAGAUAGGCGGCUGAGACCGGUCAAUGGCGGCAACCUGGGGCCACUUACCACGCUUCUCAGUGAUCUGCCAGCGACUCUGAGCAAUGAGGUGGAGGUGGACCACUGCGUUGAGCUUAUCCUGCUGCUGAUCAACGGGGCCAUCCCAUGGCAAUUCAACAGUCUCCACAGCUCCGUGUUGGACAGCAGCAGCAUAACCAAUGCGUCAGCCGGGAAUGAUAAGGGACGUAGGGCAAUCAAGUGCGUGGCCAAAUGUCUUGUUGUGCUGAACAUUGUGCUUGGUGGGUUGAGCGCGCUUGAUCAGGAGCAGGCUGAUGGGAUGCGUGUUUUGGUGCGGGCUCUGGUUUGGGUCGUGCAUGUUGUUGCUUCCAAUGAUAUUGCUCUGCUGUGUAGGCCAUUUGCAGACGACCUGCGGCUCCCUUGGGAUGCCAAUGGUGGUGAUUCUCAUGCGAGGAAGGGCGCGUGCGUUUGGGCGUCAGGCAAUUUGGUGCGCAUUCGCAGCGCUGCAUUGCAGGUGCUGGGCAGUGCGGAUUCGAAGGGCCCAAUGGACUCGAAGAAGCUUCCAAUGGUGGUGGCGGCAGCGGCGAAGCGCUCGCUUGACACUAUGCUUUGCGGCGAUGAUGCGGAGAGCGAGCCCGGCAGUGAGGCUAUCGAUGUGAGUUUGGCGGCCGGUGAAUGCUGCGCUUUGCCAAGCAAGCCGGCAGAAAAGACCAAUCCCAAGCCAACGCCGGCUGCAAAGGUUUUCACGCGUAGCCAGGCCGUGGCUACAGCUUCUGUUGCGUCCAUUGCAGACAAGCAUGAAAAGACCGCCGGCCCCAUUCCAGCAGCAGAAACACCAAUGACGGAUGUGGACUCGGAAGAAGAGGCUGCUGCUGCAGCGGUGUUGCCGAUUUCAGAACCGGGGUCAGACGCAGCAGAGGCACUACAGGAUGGUGCAGAGCAGGAGGAUGCGCACCCGGCGGCUGCGGUGGCGCCCAGGCGCAAGAAGAAGAGGCGCAAUAAGCGCAAGUGGACGGCGGUCACAUGCAGCAGCGGCGCCUCGGUCAAUGGCAGCAGCAGCAACAGCAGCCGCAUGUCGCCUGAGCCAGCACACAAUUCGGCGGCUGCAGGGCCCUUGAAGCAGGACCCGCUGGCGAAACUUCCUGAGCUCCUGAGACCGUUUGAAGAGAAGCGGUCUGCUACGGAGGAAGAGCCGAUGAUAAGCUGGCAAUUCCACCAUCACCUUCUUCUUGCUCACUGAUGACGUUGGACUCGCUGCUGGACAAAAUCGAGGGCUUUGUUGCGAAUGAUUUGCGGGCCCAUAGCGUGAGCGACUUGGUUGCGGCACAGGCACGUGUUGCUGGCAUCCAGCAGAGGCUAUGCAAAGCCAUGCUGCUCAAGCUCGAAUAGUGUGCCCUUUUUUCUUUGUCCGAGAUUUGAAUUUUUUUGAUCGAACUUUGCAGGGACCAAAUCUUUUUUUACAUUCUUUGCCUUCUUUGCUU